AUGCGACGGAAAAAAUGCAACGAAGGAAGGCCUCGGUGCGAAAAGUGCAUCAAAUCCAACCGAGUCUGUACUUGGCCUGCCGAAGACGAUCUGUUCGAUCGGCGGCAUAGUCGAGCUUCGAGAUCUCCGACGUUGCCGCCGCCCGGGAAGUCGCCGGAAAGCAUCGACGUACAGGGGCGGCUCUCGAACGACAUCAAAGACAGCACAAGAGCCGAUGCGUCGCCAUUCUUCAUAUGCCGCGAAAUCUCUUUCAACUCGGACCUCUUCAAUUCGCCAGUGUUCAAAUCCGACCUUGAAGUUGACUGUUUCCGGCACUUUCUCGAUGGGUUCCUACCACUCCUCAUCCUCUCCAACACACAUCCGGGAUUUCAGUCCCAAUUUAUCCCGGAGGUGGUGGAGAUGCUUCUCCAAUUUGAGGGUAUGAGAGACAUUGCACUGGCUUGUGGCGCGUCGCGUAUGCAUCUACUCACCGGGAAUGUUCAAAUGAACGAGGUGGGGAUCAGAUACUAUGCCCGUGCCGUCUCUGAGGUCAAUCGCUCUCUCAGCAUGAUCGACUGGGGGCGGGACGAUUUCAAUGACGCUCUGUUAGUGGCCAUCAUCUUUCUUUACAUCCACGGAGUGUUCAGUAUCGGGACCAACAAAGACAUUGGGAAACAUGUGAUGGGAGCGAUCCAAUUGAUGAAACUCCGAUGCACCCAUUCACGCAGACCGCCAAUGCCACGCCCGAUCCAUCGGAUCAUCUGGGAGAGCAUCCUUUAUCAGGUCUUUCGGCAAACAGUCAACCGGCCCUUUGCAGUAGACUUCCAGCCUGAUUUUGAGUUCUGUGCACGGGCGGAAGAGACGCUGCAGUCGUUGACCUUCCCUGAUGCCUCGGCAGCCGAUAAUAGUCCCGUGAUCGGUUUUCCUUUGGCACUCCAAAAGCUGAUUAUCGAGAUCGUCCAACUCUGCAAAAGUCCAGCGAAGCCUGAGCCUGAAUUACUGGAAGUCCUUGGACGUCAACUGGGGUACUGGGAGCAGACCAUCCUAGAAGAGGGGCACUGCGUGAACGAAGAGGACUCGUGGUUGACGAAAACACCGGCUGAACGAGCUCGCAUCUUCCACCAACACUCGACGAGCUUGCACAUUCUCGCCGCAUCACUUCUUCUGGAUUGGGUCUCAAGAUCACAUGAGGUGUACGAGACUGAAUCUCCGCUUCCACCCGCGGGCGAUACAUGGCAGGUUCGCAGAGGAUUGGAGAUCAUGCAGUGUCCGCAAGCCAAUGAGGAAUGGUCGAGAUGCUACCUGGGGUCGUGGCCGACCUUGAUAUUUGGGUACGCUGUCGACAAGCCUGAGGACAUUGCAUUGAUUCGAAACGACUUGAGACAACGGUUCCACAAGCUGUAUUCGGGGGAGGAAUUGCUGUUCCUGGAGGAACUGGAGUCAGUCUGGCGCACAAGGGGGGUGUCCUAUCCGGAAACAUGA